AUGCCGUCAAGAAACGUGUUUACUUUAAUGUACCAUGAAUUCUCUCUUAGGGACCCAUAUUCCUGGAGAGCUGUUUUGGGCGUGCAUAACCUUUGGAAACAUGGCAAACACGCAGCAAAAAGAAACAUCAGAAGCAUCGCUGUGCACCCAGAAUUCAACAGAGAAGCAUUUGAGAAUGAUAUUGCAUUAUUUGAACUUGACUCCGCGGUACGCUACAGUGACUACAUUCAGCCCAUCUGCUUACCCCCCGCAGCCCUCCACCCAUACCCUGACAACGCGACAGAAUGUUUUAUCAGUGGUUGGGGACGUACGGCAGAAAAAGGUAAAAUUUCAGCCGAGUUAAAAGAAGCGCAAGUGGAAAUCAUUCCUUCUAGCAUCUGUAACAGUUCCGAUGCGUACGGAGGCCUGAUUAACAACAACAUGAUUUGUGCUGGCUCUUGGGCGGGAGGCACCGAUACCUGUCAGGGAGACAGCGGUGGACCUUUAGCGUGCCAUCACCCUCGUGCCAACAAAUACUAUCUCCUAGGGAUUGCUAGUUUUGGAGUCGGCUGUGGCCAACCAAAGUUUCCCGGGGUCUACGUCCGUUUAUCUCAGUACAGAAGAUGGAUAGAAUCUGAACUUCUGCUGAGGAACGAGGCUGCGAAUCCCGGGCGCGUCACACUUACCCUCCUCCUGGCUGCGAUACGCGUAGUGCUUGCGUAGGCCUCCUACAGGGACGAACCAUUGCGUCCUCGUCGGAGAGGUUUGUCUGCCUGCUAAAACCUGGAGAGCUAACGCCCGCUGCAGAAUAAAUCUACGAGCCAAAGGACACACACCUGGUCUUGAGAAGUCGUGUUUGCAGUUGUGUAAUCUUUUUUGUUUUCUGCCUUUGCUGUCCACACUAACGGCAGAGGAGAUUACAGCCUUGGCCCUAAUAAUGAAAUCGAAUAUAGAAACGUUACCAACUGAAAAUACUUUCUUCCUACCCCGUUCUUUGCUUUUCCAGCUUGUACUUAGCGAAUUCUACCACCAUUUCGCAGCUGGCAGAGACGCUCCCUCUGCUGGGCGAACACCAGCAGAGCACAAAAUGCUGCUCCUUAGCGGUGGCUCAGGUUACGGAAAACUAACAGGGGAAAAAAAACCUGCAGAAGGAUAGAAGGUAUUCUCCACUAGUUAGUUUUAGCGAUGACUGGAAUUUAUGCACACACAGCUUAGUGCUCUGCUGAAAGGACGCAUCAGGUGGAAGAUCUCUGGGCGCUGUUUCAGACUCGGUAUUUAUUCUUGGCCCGUGUACGAGACCGGUCCCCUGCAACGGGGGCACGUUUGGUCAGAACCCCCGCAGUACUACGUUCAUUAAAAAUAAAUAAGGAGCAUCAGAAUUAUAUUUUGGCGACUUUAUUUAUCAAGGUCAAAAUUUGCAACCAUCUAAUUGUUUCAACAAAUAUUUACAAUUCAUAUAAAGCACGUACGUUUGUUUGGAAAUAACCAGCAGAACAGCAUUGGGUACUGCGUCUCUUACU